AUGAGUACGAUGUCGACUCGGGCGGUAAGUUGGGAAAAUUUUAAAAACAAUUCCUUACAGAGUAAAGUAAAAAUGAUUUUUGUAAAAUAUGUAUAACUCAAGGUUACUGUAACUUUUUCAAUUUCAGAGAGAAGUGAUCUCGAUUCAUGUUGGCCAAGCUGGUGUCCAGAUUGGCAAUGCGUGUUGGGAGUUGUACUGUCUGGAGCAUGGUAUACAACCAGAUGGUACCAUGCCCACAGACUCGUCCCAAGGCUACGAGGACGACUCUUUCAAUACGUUCUUUUCCGAAACCUCCUCUGGCAAGCAUGUGCCUCGGGCUAUAAUGAUAGAUCUUGAACCUACACCGGUCGGUAAGUGGUAAAAUUGAUCGCAGAUCCUUAUUAUAAAAAUAUUGAAAGCAGAUCCUUUAUUACAUUGUUCUGUACCUAUUUUGGAACAUAAUACAUACAUGAAAUUGAUGUUUAUAUUGAUAACAUGUUGUUGUAGAUGAAAUUCGAACAGGCACUUACCGUCACCUUUUCCAUCCAGAACAGUUAUUGACCGGUAAAGAGGACGCGGCCAACAACUAUGCCAGAGGGCAUUACACAAUCGGAAAAGAGAUCAUCGAUGUUUGUAUGGACAGAGUCAGACGGCUGGCAGAUAACUGUAGGGGCCUUCAGGUACGUCAGUAACUGUAUUUUAAUUUUAGGAAAACUCUAAAUAUUCAACCUUGUUAUUUGAUUUGUUAUUGUAGAUGACGUAUAUGUUGAUGUAUAAAAAUAAUUUAGGGAUUCUUGAUAUUUCACAGCUUCGGCGGAGGAACUGGUUCCGGAUUCACGGCGUUGCUAAUGGAACGAUUGAGUGUUGACUAUGGAAAGAAGAGCAAACUUGAGUUUUGUGUGUAUCCAGCACCUCAAGUAAGUUAUCAUGAAUUAAGAUUAGUAGUUUUAGGGCUCUUUAAUAGCAGAAGUUGACGUUGUAAUAGUACAUUAUAAUAUUGUGUAAAACAUUUUCAAGUAACCCAUCAUGCCACGAAAGCAAACCAUUCUAUAUUCAGAUAUCGACAGCUGUGGUAGAACCUUACAACUCUGUACUGACCACCCACACCACAUUAGAACAUUCCGACUGUUCCUUUAUGGUAGACAAUGAAGCCAUCUACGAUAUCUGUAGAAGGAACCUCGACCUUUCCCGACCCACAUACACCAACCUGAACAGACUGAUAGCUCAAGUCAUCAGCUCGAUAACUGCAUCUCUUCGGUUCGAUGGUGCUUUAAAUGUCGAUCUUACUGAGUUCCAGGUAUACUUACUCAUACAGUAUGUUUAUUGAAACUUUUAGACCAAUCUGGUACCAUACCCAAGAAUCCACUUUCCAUUGACAACAUACGCUCCAAUUAUCUCAGCUGAGAAAGCUUAUCAUGAACAAAUGAAUGUAGCCGAGAUAACACAACAAUGUUUCGAACCAGGAAACCAGAUGGUCAAGUGUGAUCCUAGGCAUGGAAAGUACAUGGUACGUUAAGAUACGUAUGCUAAGGUGUACUGAUAGGAAUGACUAUUAAUUUUACAAUGUUUUUGUUCAACCCGUAACUCUAAUAUUGAUGGUCUUCAACAACUCCAUGGUUUCAUACUGUCAAAUCUAAAUUUAGGCUUGCUGCCUUCUGUUCCGAGGUGAUGUUGUGCCAAAGGAUGUUAAUGCCUCCAUCGCUCAAAUGAAGACCAAACGCUACAUUCAGUUCGUGGACUGGUGUCCCACUGGCUUCAAAGUAGGUAUCAACUAUCAGCCUCCUACCGUCGUUCCCGGAGGAGAUCUGGCUAAACUUCAACGUGCCGUGUGUAUGUUAUCAAAUACGACCGCCAUCGCGGAGGCGUGGGCUAGGCUAGACCACAAAUUCGAUUUGAUGUACGCUAAACGAGCUUUCGUUCAUUGGUAUGUGGGCGAGGGGAUGGAGGAGGGGGAGUUCUCCGAGGCUCGCGAAGACUUAGCGGCGUUAGAAAAAGAUUAUGAAGAAGUUGGAAUCGACUCCAAUCCUCCUUCUGACCUCGACGAUGAAGAUUACUAG